UUUGGAAGAAAUUUUGAUGAAAUUCUGCUAUAUAAGGGCUAAAUUGCCAAAAUAAUAUUAACAGUUUGACGUAGCUCAUUUACUAGUGAAUAUGAAAUUCUUUACGGUAUUAUUCCUCAUCGCUUUCGCCUUGGUCCUUGUUGAUGGCCAACGACGUGGACGUGGUGGACCUGGAGGAUUCCGUGGACUUCGUGGACUAGGCGGACGUGGCGGAUUUGGCGGUCCACAACUAGGAGGACGUGGUGGUCCUGGCGGUCGUGGCGGUUGUGGUGGACCACGUAAUUCCACUACUGUUGCAGCGAAUUCAACAACUACUACGACCACACUGGCUCCAUAAAUUAAUCAUUAGUAGCUUCAGUUAUUAUAAACAAAUAAUCUGAAUUUCUAAUAAAUAAAAAGAAUUGCAUUAAA